AUGGACAAGAGCAACGAUCCCCUGUUAGAAGCGGCUCCCAGUAUUUUAUCCAAACCAUUGUCCAGGGACAACACCGAAAAUGACGCCAACGAGACAAAUGUUGAAAAAGUCGACCUUGCUCUUGGUGAUUUCGGGCCCGUUUCUCUCGACGCUCUUCAAAUCGAAGAAUCCCAGUAUGAGGAUGGAAUACGCGUUAUUAUGCGAAUUUCCGAGAACGUUGGGGCUCAAACUGUGCUCAGUCCAAUUGGAAAUGUCCAAAUACUUGCUAUAACCCCUCAAGAUCCUUUGAUGCAGGAACAAGCCAAGCAGGAACUGUUCGCCAUAAGUCAAAGCCCCAACCAGACUAAAUUCUCUGUGCGAAUUCGCGCAGAGACUCAAAAUGAUUCUCUGCGACCUGCCCUAUCAUGGGAGACGUACUUCAAUCCUACUAAUGACAACAUCAUCUUAAUGAAUAAGUCAGAUGUUCAGCUCAGUUGCCACAGCCUAGUUUCUCGCACGACGGUGAUCAUCAACCCAGGGAUGGCGGAGAGUUUGAGUCCUGCCACCUGGCGCAUGACUGUAACGAUCAUGACCAUUGCGGAAUUCAGGGUUAUACCAAAACGACAACUCGCAAAAGCCAUGGCGCUAGAUCUAAGGUCGGGCAUUCCCAGCGAGCGGGAACCUGCAACAAUGAAUUUCAGCGAAAACAAUCCAUUGCUCGAUAUCAACGAUACUGAGGCCGUCUAUGUUCUAGGGGGAGCUACUAAUCCAUAUCGUAUUCUCAAGCACUCCAAUAUCUCAAGCUCUGCUCAGUCCACCAUUUAUCUUGCGGAACAUUCAAGGCGUCGAGGUCUCAUAGCUAUAAAGGUCCUUCACCCGCAAAGAGCGGUUUCUGUUGUGUUCAACAGAGACAUCGUUCGCCUGUCUGGAAGGUGGGAAAGGCAAGUUAAAAACUACCAAGGCCUGAAGCACAAGUCCAUUGUUCAACACUAUGGCCAUGACGCCCGGUUUCUAUCCAUAUAUAUGGAGUCAGUCGAUGCCCAAGACUUGGCAAGUCGCCAGUGGCGCGCCGUUACCAAUGAAAAUGAGUUCACAGGAGAGAGAACCGAUGCAUCAAGGAUUGCGCAGGAUAUGUCCAGCGCACUAAGCUAUAUGCAUGAGCAUGGCGUGCUUCAUAAUGAUAUCAAGCCUGCAAACAUUCUAUACUCACAUUCACGAGGGGGAGUGCUCUGCGAUUUCGGCUGUUCAACCACAACCAAGACUUCGCCGUUCACUGGCGGCACGCCAUACUAUAUUCCCCCGGAAUUUAUUGGAAGAAAAAUUCGUGGCCCACCUUCUGAUGUCUGGGCACUCGGCAUUACCAUGCUCUAUCUGCUCCGUAAAACUGGUCUCCCUGAUGGACGCGCGAAACGCGGCCGCUACCAAUCGCUAUAUUGGCUGAUCGCGGGUGUGAACAACAAGAGCAUCCCCCAUACCACAAUUGGUAACGGGGGAUCGGCCGUCGAUCAAAUGAUUCAAUGGCUUACAGAGGUCCAUGCUCUUAGGGCCAUCCUCAAUGUCAAUGACCCGCUUGAGCAACUGAUCUUCAAGAUGCUAGCACCGAAUCCUCAUGAGCGUAUCAGUGCCAAGAGUCUGGCACAACAGGCAGAGAAUCUUGAUGAACGUUCUGAUCGAAAUCAAGUAGACGAAUUCCCCCCCAUUCACCCCGAAGACCAAAACCCUCCCUGCAAUACGCUCCAUAUUGGGAACUUGUCAGUGGAUACAAACGAGGAACAGCUUAAGGCACUGUUUUCCAAACAAAAAGGAUACAAGCGACUUUGCUUUCGUACGAAGCAAGAUGGAUCAAUGUGUUUCGUUGAGUUUGAAGACAUCCCGCUCGCUGCAGCGGCACUUUAUGGUCAAACUCUUAAUGUCCUUGUGCUUCAGAGUAUCAACGGAGGAGUAAGGCUUAGUUUUGCAAGGAAACCUCUCAGCGUUAUAUUAAGCAACAAUGAUGGUCUUUUGGGCGAUGACCAAGAUCUCAGCCUUGCAGAGCAACGAGAACCAGUUAAUACAAACAUACCGCUCUUCACAGUCACUGCGGCAGACAUCGCAACAAUGCGCAACACCAAGCCACAUGACCAUCAAGUCAGCCUUGAAGAGCUCCCUGAAGGUGACUCGCCCUCGCCAACUGCAGUUCUGUUGCCACCUCCGAGUGUGCCAGACAUUCCACAGUUGCCUAGCUUGGCCGAGGCAGUACCUCCUACAGACUCGGGAUACGCAUCUACGAAUCCAAUUGGCAGAGGAUUUGAAGGACUGAAAAAACAGGAUAGUCAGACUCCUGCACCAUCGUGGGACGAACUGGCGAAUGGUGACGCCGAUGACACAGCUACCCAGUAUUCUAAUUUUUCGAGCUUCUCGUUUUCGAGGAGCCAUAAUUUAAUAUGGGAGCUCGCGAGCGAUUUAUUUAACAAGCUUAACUUAUCCAUCGCGAAUGAAGCCAUGAAGGAAAAGAGUAUCCGCCAAUCUGCCCGAGCUGCUAAAAGCUUUCGCAUUGAGGAUUGGCCACAGGGCAUCAUCCCAAAUGCAUCGAGACAUUAUGUCGUUUACUCUCUUGGUAGCGACAUUGCUUCAGCCUUUAUUGAUAUUGCCUUCGCUGAAGAUCCAGAAAUCACUGAUGAAAAUAUGGAUUCAUCAGAUGCAAUGGAUCUGGAAGACCGUAUGCGCCUUUGGUACGAGAUGAGAAUUGAAGAUGAGACCCCUCUGGAGAAUGAGAUGGGGGACUUGAAUGUUGAUGAGAUGACCGAGGAUUUCGCAUUCGAUGAGAUGGACGAAGAAGAAGAAGCACCAUUUGAGUGGGUUGCAGCCUACCAAAACCUCCUCUCCGGCAGUGAGGCGUACAAAUGGCUACUCAAUCGACUUCUCGGAGAAUUCCAUCUCGUUCAAACAGAGCCGAAUAGUAUUCAGACCAUUCGUGAGAAGAUUGCGACUUUGUUUCCACGGACCCAAAGGGUUAGCAGAAAGGAGACCCCGAAGAGCUCAACGGUUGUAUUUGACCUUGACUGGGAUAUUCAUGCGUUCUUCGAGAAUCAAGAGUAUUCUAACCGGCCCGAAGACACGCUCGAGACCGUGAUUACUCUCACUGGAUCUUCCCUGGAUGCGCAAGCGGCAACUUGUGCGCAGUAUAUCGACCAGACUUGGCCUUCAACAGGACAUGUUAUGAUUGAACUCAUCAAAGGGGUCCUUGGCAGUGAAGAUGGGUCAUAUCAAAUUGAUUCAUCUGGCAAGGCAACCUUGCGGACCGUGAUUGCGAGACCAAGACUAAUGGUGGAGAUUUGUGGCGACAUAGCAUCUGUGAUCGAAGUUGGAGAACAAUUAGCUUGGCUCGGAGCGGCAUUGAGGACGUCGCAGAGGCAGGAAGGCGUUGUUUACUGCACGCCUCAAGUUUUGGAUCUCCCACAGGACAGCACAUUUCUACACCAGUUCAAGUCACGGCCACUAUCUGCAGACCUCCUCUUCUGCCAGAUCGGCUUCCUUCAAGAAGAUAUUCCAGGGUCUCCCGAGCCUAUGAAUGGCCGGUGCUGGCAUGACGUUUUUAGAAAUCCUGUCAUUGUGCGGGGAUAUCCCAUUCGGCAAAGAGUUGAAUACGGUACAGGUCUGGAAAUGCCACUGAAUAUUAUGGCAGGUCUCGUCCAAACUCAGCAAGUUGAUCGCUUCAAAGACAAGAUGUAUAUCAAGGGAUUUUCAACUAUGCUGAUUUUAACCAGGCGGAACGAGGACAGUCUCUACUGGCACUUGGUUUAUAACAAGGACGGAGGUCGUAUAUCCUACCUGGACGCGGAUGAAUAUAAAGUCGACCAAGCUCAGGAUAUCGCACAAUCAGAGUUAGAAAGUCUUCGCCAUGUGUUGGGAUGGUGCUCUGAAGCGAAGUUCUAUGCUGGAUCGUCUGAAGCGCAUCAUCCGGUUGCUCACUCUGGGCUCCCCAGAGCCCACCCUGGAUGUGCGUUGGCAGGCACAAAAGUCUUAUCCGGGCGGAUGGUCAAGGAUGGUCCUGAAUUUUCCAUUGGAUCUAAGGAUAGGCCGGUACAAAUAUCCCUAAAAGGCACGAUACCCCGAUUGAAAUGGAUAUCCACAAAGUUCGUUCUGCUGUGGGAUACACUUGAUGAACGAGGUUGGUUGGUCAAUGGCACAAGUGCUCUCCUUCACGUGGUGCGAGCAUCGUUAUCUCACGCAAGCAAAGAUCCCUUUCGGUCGGCUUUUCUUUUCAAAAGUACGGAUAUGGAAGAAGCAGCAACACCCUUUACUGCCAACUCUGCCGCGGAAGUGUUGAUCAGUAAACACAACCGGAAUAUCAGGCUCUACGAGGAUGAUGACGAGGAUGGGGGGUAUAUUCUCCUCAAAACUCAGAUCGACCACUUUUAUAGCCUCCUGGAGAAGCUCAUUGAUCACCAGGCCGACGUAUCAGACAAUAAUCUUCAACUGACCGAUAGGCCACGGAGAUAUCUUGAGGGAUGGGACUUUGAAGAUUUGGUGACCGAUUGCGACCCUUUGCGCCCAAGGGUAGCCACUAUACAACCAAUCGGCAAGGGGUGGGUUGAUUUUGUAAGAGACAUCCAUGCUGUUGUGUUGCUUGGUCGCGGCUUUGGUGAUAUCAUACGACCAUCAGACACAGGCUUGUGCGAGUACUGGGCGGACUUACCAAAGAAUCAGUUCUACAUUGCAAGUUGCCUCUCAGACUUGGAGCGUCUGAUCAAGGCGUCUGGAGGUCAAGAUGACCAUGAAUGGGUGACGAACAAUUUGAUAUGCCACACGCCUUCAACACCCUUCAUGUUUUGUCAGUGCAAGGGCGGGCUGGGACAAGAUCAUAGCGAGCCGGUUCAAACGCUUUUCCCCUCAACGAUGUGUGAGGCCUUACGCCCGAACGUACACCGACUGGAAUUGAGAGGCCCCGGGGCAAUCAUUUUUGGGCACAACUCAACCUUUCCUUGGAUAUGGGGCGACACUGGACCUCCCGAAGAGAGAGAAUCGGGGGGAACAGACGUGGCAUCCAAUUCCAUAGGUAGAGACACAGAUUCUUUCAAGGACAGUGGUAUUGGGUUUAGCCCUGGUCCAAGCACGAAACGUACUGGUACCCCUUCUUCUACGACAAACACGAGGAGCUUAUCUGGAUCCAUGAGUGAGCUGCUCAUGCGGUCCAUGGGGGAAGAAUCGAUCUCUGCGAUAGAAAAAAGAGCGUACACUCGAGAUCGAUAUACAGUAGGGAUCAUAUGUGCCUUAUCUAAGGAACUUCUGGCCGUCCGAGUACUCUUUGAUAGCAGACAUUCUGGCUUCAAGACAGGAGUCGCGGAUAGCAAUCAGUAUGCCCUCGGGGAGAUAGCGGGACAUCUGGUUGUCGCCGCAUGUCUCCCGGCUGGAGAGUAUGGAACCAACUCCGCGGCGAGUGUAGCAUCCAACAUGAAGCGCAGCUUUCCAUUCAUCCGGUUCUGCCUCUUGGUCGGCAUUGCCGGUGGAGCGCCAUCUCAAAAGCAUGAUAUUCGCCUUGGAGAUGUCGUCGUUGGCCUUCCUACCGGGUCGAACCCCGGAGUGCUCCAAUAUGACCUCGGAAAAAGUAACGAGGACAACUCGUUCUGUCCCACUGGCGUGUUGCAACGCCCUCCUCGCGUUUUGACCAACGCCAUCAAUGCCUUGCAAUCGGACCCGGAGCUCCGAACAGACCCGUUGGGGCCUCACCUGGAAAGAAUCAUUAACGAUCUACCGGAGUACAGAUAUCCAGGGUCGGAACUAGAUGUGCUUGUCCCAUCUUGCGGCAGUUCGUGUGAAUCUCGACUGAUACCUGAUACUUCCUGCCCUCAUGUUCGUCAACGCGCUCAACGUGCCACGAAUACACCAAUCAUUCACUAUGGCCUUAUCGCUUCCGGAAAUCGCGUGGUAAAGAAUGCAGCGUUCCGUGACCAAUUGACACAAGAGCACGGUACACUAUGCUUCGAGAUGGAGGCUGCUGGUAUCAUCAAUACAAUAGACUGUCUCGUCAUUCGCGGCAUCUGCGACUACUGUGACGGGGCAAAGAAUGACACCUGGCAAGAAUAUGCGGCAGCAACAGCAGCAGCAUAUGCGAAGCUCUUGCUUGGCGCUGUGGCUCCGGUAGAAGAGGAUAAUGUCGACGAUUGUUGGAGAAGUUGCGAUGAACCAAGAACGAAGAAGCGGAGAUGGAUCUCGUGA